UCUUCAAUUAGUCCAAAUCAAAAUGGCCAUUAAUCAUGAUUAAUCACAGAAAAAUGUUUGACAAAUAUAUUUAAUGGCAAAUGUUGACAGAAUCAAGAGCCAUGUGCUUCUUUACUUGGCUGUAUGUUUGGCCGUAGGGAAUACAGCAUUUUUAAUAAACAAUGUUAUUCAGAAAAGAUGAAAAAUGAGCCUGUUCACAACCUGUGAGAUGAGGUAGUAGCAAACAGCACUGCCAUAUACUUAAUCUGCCAUGUACGUCAAAGAAUUGGUAUGACUGUCAACAUUGUCACCUGCACAAGGCAUGUCAUAUUUUUAUUUGUAGGCCUUUUCUUUUUUAGGCAGCAAAAUCAUCUCCUGCAUGCAUGACCGCAGGUCCCCUCAUCUUUGGCCCGACUCACUAACCUCCCGGCCAUAGAAUUAUGGGAAACCUCAUCAGCCGGCCCAGUUGCCUGGGCCAGAAAUCGAAGAAGUUAACAUCGGAGGAGGACUUCCUGAGAGAGUGCUACCAGCACCGGAGCGAGCGGCCGCCCCCAAGCAGCCUGCGGGAAAAGAGCGAGACGGUCGCGGUCACGCCAAGCCCAGACAAACCCAGGAGCCCUCCCCCUGUCUGCCCAGCAGACAGAGUCUGGCAGGGCGCUUCCCCUGUGGUCAAGACCCCGGCCAACGGGACCCUGCCCAGGAGGAGCGACGUGGAAACGGGGAAGAAGGCGGGUGGAACCCCUGGGCCUGGAUGGGGUACGACAGGGGAAAGGGAGCAGCCUCCGAGCUUCCAGAGGCAGAACUCGGGAAGCCCCUGGUCCUGGAAGACGUUAGCCUCCAGGGAGGUGACGGAGGUGACGGAAGUCACGGAGACGAUCGUGACGGAGAUUGUGGAAGUGACGGAAUACCCUUCAGGGGAGAAGGGAGGCGACCCCAUCAUCACCAGGACUGUGAGGGUUCUCACUGGAGCUGCUGAAGAGCUGGCUGAGCUCCAGAGUGAUGGCCACUCAAGUUCAGACCAGGACUCCAGCCUGGACCGAUGGAGCUCCCUUCACAAGAAGGGUGCACGAAGUGCUUUAACUCUGAGAGAAGACAUUGGAGAUCCGGAGACCCUGCUGCAGAACCUGGAGUCUUUGUUGAACUGGGUUUCUGAGAUAGAGGAUCUUAUGGCCAAUCAGAAGCCUCCUUCUUCAGAAGUCAAGGUGGUGAAGGCGCAGCUACAGGAGCAAAAGGUGAGGUGA